AUGUCAAAAUUCUUUUUUGCCCUUGUAAUAGUCACAAUUGUUUUUAUUCAUUGUUGUGAUGCUGGUAAAGGCAAAAACAAACAAAAGUCAAAGCCUCAGUCUGGUUACUCUAAUCCUGCCGCAGGGAUGGGCCAACAACAAUCAUCAUCUGGUACUCAAUCUGGUGACCAAUCGUCUGUGAAUACCCAACAUUUAAAUCAUCUUAUUGGUCACGCUACUGGAUACGAUCCUCAUGGCAAUGAAUAUGUUUUUCAAGGAUAA